GUUUUGCUCAGUUCUAUUCAAAAUGUUGGCGCUAACACUUGUAUUUGCGAUGCAGUUGCUUCUGCUGAUUUCGGUGCUACUGCUGCUUCCACUGCCCGGAUUUUCGAGAGAACUAAGGCAACCUUAUAGAUACGACAGAUACGACGGUAAUCCUGGCCAAAACCAACCACGGAAUUUGGAGCGGAACUGAUAUGCAUAACUAAAAUGGGUUGCAAAAGAAACACAAUAAACUAGCGUAACACGAA